AAAGAGAAGCUAGAAAAUAAUAUUCUUCUUUCUCUAUCUUCUGGACGGUCCCCAUAGCCUCUCGGUUCCUCUCUUCUCUGGCUUUGCGUCGCUUGCCUAAUGACAGUCUGAGCUUCCAUCACAACCGUUGGAUUAGGCGACUUUGGUAACAAUGACCCCCAUCACCUCCGUUGAAUUGAAUUACCUCGUCUUCCGUUACCUUCAAGAGUCAGGUUUUACACAUUCAGCAUUUACUUUAGGAUAUGAAGCAGGCAUUAAUAAGUGUACUAUUGAUGGGAAUUUGAUUCCACCUGGGGCUCUUAUUACAUUUGUUCAAAAAGGACUCCAAUACUUGGAGAUGGAAGCUAACUUGAGUAAUAAUGAUGUAGAAAUGGAUGAAGAUUUUUCAUUCUUGCAACCUUUGGAUAUAAUAACAAAGGAUGUAAAUCAAUUGCGGCAAAUGAUAAAAGAGAAAAGGAAGAAUAUCGAAAAGGACAGAGACAAUGAUAAGGACAAAGAUAAAGAUAAAGAUAAAGAUAAAGAUAAAGAGGUUGACCGGGAGCAUGAAGGAGAGCAUGGCCGAGUAAGAGAGAAAGAAAGACAUGAAAGGGAGAAAGAACGUGAAAAGGAAAGAGAGAAGGAACGUGAAAAGGAAAGGGAGAAGGCAGAAAGCAAUAAGGAGCAAGAAAAGCAACCAGAGGAACUUGCUGACAGAGAUAUGGUUAUGGACCAAGAAGACAAGGAUGCUUUCAAGCAUGAAGAAAAUGGAACUUCUGUAGUAGGACCGGAACCGAUGGAUAUUGCUACUACAUCGACUGUAGCCUCUCAGGAGGCUUGUGAAAUUCCUAGUUCUGAUGUUUCAAUUUUGGAAGGGCACACUUCUGAGGUUUGUGCGUGUGCAUGGAGUCCAACUGGUUCACUUCUUGCAUCAGGGUCUGGAGAUUCAACGGCUCGUAUUUGGACAAUAACUGAUGGGCUUUGCAAAUCUGGUGCACAAAACAGUCCAUUAAAUGUUCUAGUGCUGAAGCAUGUAAAAGGAAGAACAAAUGAGAAGAGCAAAGAUGUGACAACACUCGAUUGGAAUGGUGAGGGGACAUUGCUUGCAACCGGUUCAUAUGAUGGCCAAGCAAGAAUUUGGACUACAAAUGGUGAACUAAGGACUACUUUGAGUAAACACAAAGGACCUAUCUUUUCUCUUAAGUGGAACAAGAAGGGUGAUUAUCUUCUUACCGGAAGCUGUGAUAAAACCGCAAUUGUGUGGGAUGUAAAGGCAGAGGAAUGGAAACAGCAGUUUGCAUUUCACACAGGUCCAACCCUUGAUGUUGAUUGGCGCAACAAUGUUUCAUUUGCAACAAGCUCCACAGACCAUAUGAUAUAUGUUUGCAAGAUUGGAGAAAUCCGCCCUAUUAAAACCUUUGCAGGGCAUCAGGGUGAAGUAAAUUGUGUUAAAUGGGAUCCUACAGGUUCGCUAUUGGCCUCUUGCUCUGACGAUAUUACUGCAAAGAUAUGGUGUAUGAAUAAAGACAAGUAUGUUCAUGAUCUUAGGGAGCAUACCAAGGAGAUAUAUGCCAUCAGAUGGAGUCCUACUGGGCCUGGGACAAACAAUCCUAACCAGCAGUUAAUUCUUGCAAGUGCAUCAUUUGACUCCACGGUGAAGCUGUGGGAUGUGGAACUAGGGAAACUUCUCUACAGCUUGAAUGGACACAGGGACCCUGUAUACUCUGUUGCAUUUAGCCCAAACGGAGAGUAUCUGGCCAGUGGAUCUCUUGAUAAAUCCAUGCAUAUCUGGUCCUUGAAAGAAGGGAAGAUUGUAAAGACAUAUACUGGCAAUGGGGGUAUAUUUGAAGUCUGUUGGAACAAGGAGGGUGACAAGAUUGCUGCUUGUUUUGCAAACAAUACGCUAUGCGUCUUGGACUUUAGAAUGUAGCAACCUGGAAAGUUUCUAUCGGUUUCAUGUAAUGGAGCUACUUGUGAGGAAGCUGGCACAUUGCAUGCUCUUAGAUAAUCAGCUAUAAAUAGGUAUUUAGCUAUGAAUAGGUAUUUUCUUUUGAACGAAAAGGAAAAACUGUGACCAUGGUAGGUUUUACAUUUUCGUGGAUUAGGUAUUACUAACUAAAUUUGGUUUUAAUUGUAAGUUGUAAUUGUGAAUUAGGAGUCUGCGUUGUGAGGUAACCAAUGAUGUACAGCAUUGUUUUGCAUUGAAUCAUCAAUCUGUAAUCAGAAAGAAUCCUCAAUUUGAAACUUAUUCAAGUGAAUCGAGACUCUGGUUAAUUGAUGGUGGUGUGAUCAGACAAGCCUCAUCUAUUUCAAGAAGCUGCCGCAUUUUUCAAGAAGAUCACCAGUAGUCCCCGCAUGAACAUGAACCAUUUGCAAAAUGGUGGAACCGGUUCCGGUCCCUCAUUACAAUUUUACGACCGGUAAUUUUAGAGAACAACUUGGUG